CUUCCCAGCUGAUAUAAACACAAGUACCUUAAGCUCUGAAGCCUUGUCUCCCCACCUGAAAUCUCUCAUACUUCACAAUAUGAAGCUCCUUUCAGGGAUCACACUCUCUCUCCUACUUGCCCUCCUCUUUGCCACCACGAUCACCACCGAUGCUCAUAACAUCACACGCAUCCUUGCCAAGCACCCGGAAUUUUCAACCUUCAAUCACUACCUGACUAUCACGCAUCUUGCAGCUGAGAUCAAUCGUCGCCUGACCAUCACUGUUUGUGCUGUAGAUAAUGCAGGUAUGUCUGAUCUUCUCUCCAAGCAUCUCUCCAUCUUCACCAUCAAGAAUGUCCUUGCCCUUCAUGUAUUUUCCGACUACUAUGGCAGCAAGAAGCUUCACCAAAUCACCCAUCGUUCCACCCUUACUGCUACCAUGUUUCAAGCAACUGGCAAGGCAGAAGGAAUAUCUGGUUAUGUCAACAUUACUGACGUUAAAGGUGGGCGUGUGGGAUUUGCACAGGAAGACAACGCUGCAAAAUUUGAAUCCUUCUUUGUGAAAACUAUUGUGGAAAAGCCUUACAACAUAUCCGUGAUACAAAUAAGUCAGAUACUAACAUCCCCUGAAGCUGAAGCUCCUGUAGCUGCCCCAUCAGUAAAUAUAACAGAUAUAAUGAAGGCUAAAGGAUGCAAAGCUUUUUCAGACUUGUUAACUUCAGAAGGCGCUAUGGACACUUUUGUGCAAACUGUCGAUGGAGGAUUGACGAUUUUUUGUCCUAGUGAUGAUGUUCUUAAAUCUUUUAUGCCCAAGUACAAAAAUUUGACAGAGGAAGGGAAAUUGUUGAUACUACUAUAUCACGGUGUUCCAGAGUACAAUUCUAUGGGGACAUUAAGGUCACAUAACGGUGUGAUAGAUACUCUGGCACUUGAGGGGGCAAAUAGUUAUAAUUUUACAGUACAAAAUGACGACGAAGGAGUGUCAUUAAAGACUAAGGUGGUAACAGCAUCAAUAAAAGCAACACUGGUAGAUGACGAGCCACUGGCUGUUUACAAGAUAGACAAAGUUCUGCUACCCAGGGAGCUGUUUAAUACAGAUGCUCCAAAGAGCAAGAAAGGUUCAACGAGUGAGGAUGAGGAAGCAGAGGCGCCAGGGCCUGCAGAUGAUGAAGAUGCAGCAGAUGACACGGCCAGUGAUGAUAACAGCUCUACGAGUAUUGGUGGUGUGAGGAUUGUGGUGACAGUACUGUUGGGACUGUUGUUAGGGGUACUGGCUUCUCUUUGAGUUUCAAGGAUUUUCGAUGAUUACAGACAGGGUGAGCUGGUGACACAUGAGGAACAAUAAUAGAUAUAAAAUGAUUGCUAUAUGUUCUCUUUCUUUACAAAAUUUUAUUGGUAAGGCUGCUUUCUUUCGUAUUGAUUGUAAUUAUUUCCGGGCCUGAAUGUGUGCUGGUGAUCCUCUGUAUGAUUUGUGAAUGAAUGUAUCCUCUUCUUUAA